AUGGAUCGGUUAAACAUUCUAUUAGGGAGCCCGGUCUUGACUCUUCUGUGUGGUAUUCAUUCUCGUUCGGCUCUUGGAAUCACAUCCAGCAGUGGUUGGAACAGCUCGCAAAAUCCAACGACUUCACCUACUUUAUUGCCCCCAACCGUUUCCCGUACCUCUAUAGAAAAAGAAGGGUUUCAUGUGCUUUCAUCGAUUGGGUAUUCCUCUCCUUUUGUAUCUCUUUAUCCAAUUUUGGUCUCGAUUAGUUCACACGAUUGA